GUGUAAAAUUCAGUGAAUUUCUAUGGGAUCCUGAAAAUUGGGAUUGGCGAAAAUAUUCCUAACAUUCUCAGGAAUAUUUAAUCUGGUGGUCGGUGGAAUCGAACAAUUGAAGCAAGAAAAUUUUACCAAGGGUAUUAAAUAAUUUGGGGACAAAAAUUAUAUUAUAAUACAUAAAUAUAAAAGAUGUCUAGCUCAGCCCAUAAACAUCGUUACAAAAAUGCAGCACUUGAUAGUGUGGAGCUACGUAGACGAAGAGAAGAGGAAGGUGUACAACUCAGGAAACAAAAGAGAGAACAGCAACUGAACAAAAGACGAAAUGUUAACAUUAACCAAUUGGUCCCAGAUGAUAUGGAGACUCAUCAGGUGGAAGGGGAUUCUACAGCUCAAGGUGGAAUUUCAAUCACCCACGAGAUGAUCCAGCAAUUAUUCAGUCAAGAUGAAAAUGAGCAAUUAGUGGCCACACAAAAAUUCCGUAAACUUUUAAGUAGAGAACCCCACCCACCCAUUGAAGAAGUAAUCAAGACUGGAAUGGUUCCAAAAUUCGUGGAGUUUUUGAAGAAUACAGGAAAUAGUACUAUUCAGUUUGAAGCAGCUUGGGCCUUGACUAACAUUGCCUCUGGUACUUCUCAGCAAACACGAAUUGUCAUUGAGGCAGGAGCUGUGCCAAUUUUCAUUGCGCUGUUGGGAAGUGAACAUGAUGAUGUACAGGAACAAGCAGUAUGGGCACUUGGAAACAUUGCCGGUGACUCUCCUGAAUGUAGAGACCAUGUUUUAGAUGCAGGAAUAUUACCACCUUUAUUACAGUUAUUAAGUAGUUCAAACCGUCUUACAAUGACAAGAAAUGCUGUUUGGGCGCUCUCCAAUUUAUGUAGGGGGAAAAAUCCUCCAGUAGAGUUUUCCAAAGUUUCUCCUGGUCUUCCAGUACUAGCACGGCUGUUAUUCCACACAGACUCGGAUGUGUUGGCAGAUGCAUGCUGGGCUCUCAGCUAUUUGUCUGAUGGACCUAAUGAAAAAAUUCAGGCUGUAAUAGAUGCCGGCGUGUCUAGAAGACUAGUAGAACUCCUUAUGCAUCAAGAAACCAAUGUGGUAUCAGCUGCGCUCAGAGCAGUUGGGAAUAUCGUUACAGGAGAUGACAUACAGACCCAACUGAUUCUGAAUUGCUCUGCCUUGCCAUGUCUGUACCACUUGCUUUCUUCUCCUAAGGAAUCUAUAAGGAAAGAGACCUGCUGGACGAUAAGCAAUAUCACGGCAGGAAACAGACAACAAAUCCAAGCUGUAAUUGAAUCUAACAUAUUCCCUUCACUGAUAGAAAUUUUGAAGAAUGCCGAAUUCAAAACUAGGAAAGAGGCUGCUUGGGCUAUUACAAAUGCCACAUCCGGCGGCACCCCUGAGCAGAUCCGUUAUUUGGUUGAGCAAGGAUGCAUCAGUCCACUUUGUGAUUUGUUAACCAUUCUUGACACGAAGAUUGUUCAAGUAGCUUUGAACGGUUUGGAGAAUAUACUAAGACUAGGAGAACAAGACGCCAAGAAUCACAUGGGCCAAAAUCCUUAUGCUGUGCUCAUUGAGGAAUGCUUCGGUUUGGACAAAAUCGAGUUCUUGCAAUCUCACGAAAACAUUGAAGUUUAUCAGAAGGCGUUCGACAUAAUCGAACAUUUCUUCGGUACCGACGAGGAGGACGCCAAUGUGGCACCAUCUGUUGAUCAAGAACAACAACAGUAUCACUUCAGUUCUGACCAGUCGGUCCCAAUGGGCGGAUUUCAGUUCUAGGUCGCACUACCUGUCGCUACGUAAAACAAUUCUGUAUAAAUCCAAUCAGCCCGCACCCUUAUACAAAACGAGAGAAUGCGUUAUGAAAGAGAGAUAAAGAGAGAAUGUGGAAGAUAGGGUUGACUGUACAGUCAUCAGAUUGACUUCACGACAAAAGGCGAUUACUUUUCAAGUCAAUAUUUGCCGAGAAUAUGAGAACGCAUUUAGAAUUAAACGACGAACGCAUAAAUGAGAUGAAGGUGUAUUUUAAAUGGAGUAUAAAACAUUGUCUCUUCUUUUCGAUCAUGUUUCACCUCAUCGGGAUUAAUUACUGAAGGUAAUAUGGAAAAAAUUUGACGUCAGUUUAGUUAUUUGUUGUCUCUUUGUCACACCUUUUAAUCUUAUUUGUUCUGUUCAGAUUUGGCUGUUAGUUUUUCAAAAGUUGCAACCAGUACCAAUUUUUAUUAUUUUUUAAGUAUUGUAGAUAAACAUAAUGUGUAAAUACCCGAGAAUACUUGAAAUUUCUGAGAAUGAAUCUUGUUCAUGGAAGUAAUAGUAACACAUGUUUUGUUGUUGAAUUUUUUUGUUAAUAUCGAUAGAGUUGAUGAAAAUAGGGUGAUUGUAAAUGAAUUUAUGAUUUAUCCAAAGUUUCUUUUAAUUAUUCGUGUUUCAUGUGAUUGGUAACCUUUCGAUUCCUAGCCAGAAAAAAAACUGAAGAUCCGCGUUUAUGUCUGGUGAAACUAUUUUCUUUAUGUUAUAUGGAAAAAAAAUUUGUAAUUGAAUUAAAAUUAUGUGAUUUUUAUAAUGUAACUUGUGUAAAAAUUCAUUAUUUGUUAAUAGUUUGUAAAAUAAACUAACUUUAAGAUUUA